AUGUCUAGAUAUUUGCCCCGUCACAUUCAUUUACGAGCUGUCCAAACCGAUGAUAUCAAGUUGAUGUUUAAUUGGAUCAAGCCAAUCAUUCUGCUCGAGUGCAUUAACAAGGAUUACGAUGCGGUCUGCCUAGAUGGGCCAGCAACAAGGACGGAGUGGUACACCAGGAUUCAUCCUCAGAAAUAUGUACCUGCAAUGAUAGAUAGCUCUCUUGGUGAACGUAUUACCUCAUGGGACAGCUCUCAGAUUCUCUUGCACCUAGCCAACAAGUAUGAUGUCGAAAAGUCAUGGUCAGGGUCGACUGCUGCAGAGCAGUUGGAAAUUGGGAACUGGCUGACAUUUGAAACUGCAUCUCUUGGGCCCACUGCAAAGUACUGGGUGUGGUAUUCUAUUCGAAAGCCGGAGGAUAAGAACCCCAAAGCGGAAGCCAAAAUGCUGGCUGAUCUGAGGGUCCAAUACGGUAUCCUCGACAAACAUCUUUCUCAGCCUGGUCAAACAUUUAUUGGCCUCAAAGGUCGACCAACAAUUGCUGACAUUGCGAUUUAUCCUUUUGCCGAUGAUCCAACUAUGGCUCGCAUGGGACUAAGCAAAGAUGACUUUCCUGCCCUGAAGGAAUGGAGCGAGAGAUUCUCUCAGAUUCCAGGAGUAAUGAAGGCGUAUAUGGAGAUGGACUCUAGAAAGGAGGACGUCAUUGGGGAAUGA